AUGCGGUCGCUGCCACUCGUAGCUCUGGUCACCCGACUGCUGACUUGCACUGCUGCAACGCCACCAGGCGCCACCACCUUCAGCUUUAAAAGCGUGGGCUCGUCUCCCACUGGAGCUAACGGCCAAGGCACGUCCAGCUCGUCGCUUCAAACGCCAACGUCGUCGUCAACCGAGCGGGCGAACCAAGAAGACCGAGCAAUAGCGGUGACGUUGCCUGCAUUGGAAGAUCUGGUCUCGAAAGCUGCUGACGAGACCAAGCUUCUGCAGAGCUUUGUCGGCGACACAUUGGCCAGUGCCACGGAGCGGCAAAACAUCGGCGAAUUGGCAACGAAGGAGGCCGCUCUCGAAAAGCAGGAGGCUGUUGCCGCUUUGAAGAAAGUCACGGAGGCUGAAGGGGACGUUGUGAAGAAGGUGAAGCCGAAGAAGAUCGUUCUGAAGGGAGAUGAGGGACGGUGGAGAGAGAUGCUGGGCGCCAAGGAGAGCUAUGUGCUUAGUGCCGACACUGCUAAGCAGCUUCGUGAUGCUGAAAAGGAUCGGGCAGAGAUGGUUCAAUUGCUCAAGGCGGCGGGAAAAAAGGCCCCCGAAAGCCUUCGCAGGGACAUCGUAAAACUGAAUAUGAAGACCGUCCCAGAUGAGUACCUGACAUCAGACGUUGGCCGAGAGAAGCAGCGGUUUAAUGAGAACAGGCGCGAGUUGACCUGCAGUAUCGUGUCGAACAUCAAAAGAAACAAGAACCAUCAAGUGCUUUUGAUCAGCAGCUCGAAUCCGAAGAAGCCAGAGUGGCUCCUUCCCAAGGGUGGCUGGAACAACGAUGAGUCGAUGAUGGACUCUGCGAAACGUGAGAUCAUUGAAGAAGCAGGGGUUUCCACAAGAGGGCGGCCGAGAUAUUUGGGUGUGAGAUACGUUACCGUACUAGACGGCAAGGAAGAAACAAGCUACGUUUACAGGGUAAUUAAAGUGGACUCUGGGACAGUAUACGAUCAAUGGCCUGAGAGCAUCCGUCACCGCAUAUGGGUCACCUUCAACGAUGCGAUCAAGCUCCUCAAGGAUGACCGCCCACACAUGGCUGCUAUGGUGGGGGACGCUGCUAUGGUGUGGGACACCCCCGUGUGGCAAACUAAGCCAAAACACGUAGCCGCUUGA